AUGGGGCCAAAAGCGAACGCAGCAGCAACUUCUGGGAGGGGCCGCGGUGGGGGUCGCGGUGGGCGGGGUGGAGGGGCAAGAGGAGGGGCAAGAGGAAGCGGGAAUCAAGCUGGCGGUGGCGACGCUGUGGAGGUCCUGACGAUGCCGGGGACGGGGACUGGACCAGGGGACGAGUUUGACACUCACCCCAGAUAUUGGACUAUCCCACAUCUCAAAAUCAGGAUGGCUCAAUUAGGUAUGCGUAUCCCGAGUAGAGCAAACAAGGCCGAUCUUAUUGCGCUGUUAAGAGCGGAGAAUGCAAGGCUGGAAGCACUGGCGGCAGUCCCGACAGCGGGUGGCGACGAUACGGUAGAGGGAGGGGCGGAAAGCGAGGAAGAGGUUGGCAAAUCUCCAUCGGAAAGCGAGGAGAGUGUGAAAGAGGUUCGCAAGACUGCUACGCCACCUGCAUUGGCAAACGAGGAGUCGAGUGAGGACGAAGGAAUAGAAGAAGGCGGCACGAAGAGAAAAGAGAGCAAUGAGGCGACAGAUCAUUCGACGACAUCCGAGACUGGUAAAAAAAGUCCAAAGCCACCAAAGACACCGUCUGAGCACCUGGGAAGUGAUGAAAGUAGCGAGGAAAGUGGCGGUGACGGUGGCGAUGAUGUAAAAACUCCCGCGUCGCCGAAGAAGGGAAGGAAGCCAGCAUCGCCGCAAAAGGCACCGUCUAAGCCUGUGGAUAGUGAUGGAAGUGCCGAAGAUGAAGGCCGCGAGGGUGAAGGCAGUGAGGGCGAAGGCGACGGGGAUGAAGACGGCGAGGAUGAAGACGGCGAGGACGAGGACGGCGAGGAUGAAGACGACGAGGAUGAAGCUACUCCCACGCCGCCGCAGAAGAGGAAGACGCCGGUGAAUUCAAAAAAGACUACGCGUAAGACCACGGAAAAUGAUAAUAGUGGCGAUGAGACAAAUACCCCUGCGCCGCCGAAGCAGGGAAAGAAGAGUGGUCCCAAGGACGGUCCUGUGGCUGCUCGAAGGCGACACAGGAAAUUCUAUUGGGAAAGGAUGCGAAGAAUCCUCUACAUAAUGGCCAAAAAACGAGGCUGCACAGGUCUAAAAGCAAUGCGCGAUUCCAAGAAGAGAAUUAUACCGGCGCUUGAACAAAAAGACAUAGAAGACCCACUACCUGAAUCGGAUAGAUCAGACUCAGAGGGCACAAUAUUCCCAGAUAAACACAACAAGCGCAACAGGAAGUUUUUGAGUGAAAUUGAAGCAAACACAUUACGAGAGUGGUGUACGGGAAAGGGCCUACCAACUGGCCAGCUACGUGAACCCAUGGAGCACCACCUAGCGCAGUACAAAAAAGACAAGAGGGAAGGGAAAUUCGUCCUAAAGAAGACUAACGAGCCGAAAGUGAAACCGAAAAAGACGAAGACCUCGAAACGACCGCAACAGGGAGGUAUCUCGCUAGAGAACGAUUUUUCAGAGGAAGAAGAAGAAGGCACCCAGGCCAUACCCGGUGAACUGUUUCUCUUCACGUUCGACAAAGAGAGACUGAGAAAUAGGCCCGGAAAACUACUGCCACCGAGUCUCGACCAGAAGUGGGAAAUUAGUGAUGCGGUGCUCCGGCCUGUAGAAUAUUUGAAAGCCGAGCGUCCAAGGGAUGGUAAGGACGAUCCGACAAAGCCUUGGCCUGAGGAAUCUAGUGGUCUUGAGAAAGAAGUACAGUGGCACUUGCAGGACAGACCAUCAUCUAAAGAAAAUUAUAGGCUCUCAGGUGCCGCCAAUGUAUACGAGGCGGAUAUCAAAGAGUUGCAAGCUAGCAAAUUGGCCGCCGCCAAGGCAGGUGGACAUGCAAAAGCUACGGUCCGGUUUGGGCUCUUUUCCGAAAAGGGGAGGCAUCGUAGCGUAGCCAUAAUCGAAUAUUUAGCGCAAAGGGCGCACGGCUUAUUUGGUCCUGGAUGGGAGAUCAAGGUCCGCCACCUUGAGCUUCAGUACGAACGCGAUACUGCAAUGCCCGCAGAGGAAGCAAGAUGGCAGCCUCCGCUUAAACCACCACAAAUAACAUUUACGCACUGGCCAAAAGCAGUUCCUGACGAAGAUGCGGAAACCCUUGAAGUGCCACCUGCGGGGAACUCUUGGCCAAUAUGGGACAGGCUCUUGCGUACAACACGCGGUAUAGAAGAGCAAUACACUACGCCGAGUUUACGGGAAUACCCUUGGGGGGCCAAAGCCAGUAGCCGAAGCAGCAACGUGCCUCAACUUACGCAAAAAGAAGUUGACGCGGCUCACGACGGAAUUCUUAUGAACCAGCUAAGAGGCGCAAAAAUCGAGAGUGGCGAAGACUGGUUGAAACGCACACAACUCUGCCUAGAUACUGGCCAUUUAUUCUUCCACCCCGACGGUUGGGCGCGGACCAGAUCCGAGUUUCUCUAUGGUCCACCGACGGGGGGGCUUUGUGCCUGGCGGCCAGCUCCUCUUGAUUUCGGAUACGGGGCUAGUGAUAUCGAACCCGAUUACGAAUUGAGAAAACAAGACCUUUUCUAUGUCGUGCUUAGAGGUGACGAUCUUCCCUCAUUUUAUUUUUUCAGACGACCUGGAGAGUGGGACGACCCUUUGCAGGCAAAUCCCAAGUCAAGAUACUACGAGGAUGUAUUAAGGGCACGGAUUUCUACCCUGGGCAGAUACUUGAGACAGGCACAAAGAAUGGGAAGGAGAAUUCAUGAUGAGAAGGCUGGAGAAUCCGAAACCGAGUAUCGGAAGAAGAUACCGCGACUGGCAGGAAAAUCGACAGCGUCUACGACCGGUAAAAACGAAACUCUAGAGCAAGAGAUGGCAGCGAUUGCACGUUUGUUAUACUGGCAUGGAGUUCCUGGAGCAAUUGAAAGGGCCAAAAGCUAUGGCCCGGGGAACGCAGAAUUUCUGGAGCUUGGCUGGCGUGAUGAGGAUAAGAACUACCCGAAAGUUCCCCCAGUACAUGAAGAUGACGCUGUCCGACCCGAUUCGAUUGCUAGGAAGGUCGCCUCGCUGAAGUUUGAGCCAAGUGCGGCGCAAGGCGGCGCUGUGUCUCCAAUUCGGGGAGAUGAGCCGUGGACUGACGAUCAAGACGACGCCUUGUGGCCGAUAAUUGGACGAUCCCGGAGAGGCUCCACGCAAGAAGACCAACGCCGAAAUGCAGUCACUUUGUCCCCAUCUCAACUCCCCCGGCAGCGAACGCGGAUUUCAUCUUCCGUAGCAAGAACAUCAAACGCAUCGCCCAAAUCCACAGGACGGGUCCCACCACUACGGAAGUCAAGCUCCGCAGGCGUAUCACCGCAGGCUAGCGGUGGUCAAGGGGACGAAGGGGAAGUCGUAGUCGUAGAGGAUGACGAAUCAACGCCAUCCGCGAGUGGAACCUCCAGGAAACGAAGGUCGAGGUCGAACUCUCAAGCUUCAAGUCAGUCUGCAAAACGGCGAAAAUCAAGCUCCGGUAGCAGAGUGUCGCAGGACAACCACGAGGCGUUGGAAGAGGGCGAAAUAAAUGAAGAAGACGAAACAGCUUCAUCGGCGGGUAAGCCUGCCAGUCGACGAAAGUCGAGCUCAGCUUCUCAGGCUUCGAAUCGAUCUUCAAAGUCGCGUAAAUCAUCGGCCUCGAACCGCGAACCGUCGCAGCACAGCCUUGACGCUUUAUUCGAAGACGAUGAAGAAGGAAAAGGACAAGGAGAUGAAGGGACAGAAGAAGAAAUAGCUCCAUCUACGAUUAGCGGCAAUCAGCGAAAACCGAGUUCAGCUUCCCAAAUCUCAAACCGAUCGUCAAGGUCUCGUAAAGGAUCAUCCUCUUCUACCCAGUCAGUGCAAGACCCAGAUACAUUACAGCGCAGUUUCGAAGACGAUCUCUCCGACAUUGACCGCGAGAUACAAGAAAUGCCACACGAAGAGCUAAGACAAAGAUACACUUCGCUCGUCCGGCGGCUGGAACCCGAACCCGACGAUGGGCACUUCUGCUUUGUGUGUACGGCUUCCUUCGAGGGUGCAGAUCUAGAAAGCAUCCUCGAGCAUUACGAAGAACAUCGGCUUGACCCGCAGCUCCCGGAAGCGGAUUGGGAAAAUAUAUGGUACGAAGGGCCAUAUGGAACUACGGAGCGGGUAUUCUACGAACCGAGUGGAUCUGGGAAGGGCCACAAAGUCACCUUCGCUCCAUAUACGGUUGAGAAACGAGUCGGAUAUAAUGAUCAGCCAGAGGACGAAGAUGGCGAUGAUGAUUCUCCAAUAUCUCCAACCAGGUCCAGCUUGAAGAAAGCUCAAGGGACGAGCAAAGAGACGCCGAAGAAAAGGGGAAGGCCCAGGAAAUUGACACUUGAGCCUGCCCCUGCAGCCUCUAAUGGCGUCAAGAAGCCUGAAAAACGGGCCAAGAAAAUAGACCCAACGUACAAGAAGUCUCCCACGCCUUCUUCUGGAACACCUUCACCCAUCCUUCGGCUUGUGAAGCGCUUGCCCAAAGAUCAUCCAAACGCUGCUUUCAGAAUCCGCAGAGCUAGUCUCGUAACGCAGAGCUCCGAGACCUCACCUGGACUAAAGAAGAAGAAAGCCAAGAAAGCCGCUUCGAAGAAAACAACUAAGAAGACCAAAGACGCUGAGCCCACGCUAGUCGAGCCUUCAACGCCUUCGCCUCCCCCAGUGCCAGCUGCGAAGAAAACUACCAAGAAAGCCGCUCCAAAGGAAACGACCAAGAAGGCCACAGCCCCAAAGAAAAUAACGGAAAAGACUAAAGCCAGCGAUUCCACCCUAGCCGAGCCCUCAACACCUCCAGUCACAACUCGCAAAACCCCCCGCAAAAGAAAACCACUCGUAACCCCGUCUCCGCCUCCAACGCCAACAACACCCCCACCCAUAAAAAGAGGACAGCGAACCACACGUGCACAAACACCCGAAACACCAACGCCUGCGCCCCGCGGCCGCAAACGCAAAGCCCCGGAGGACGAGGCCUUCCAAGCCGACAUAGUGGCUUUCGACUCCAGCUCUGAGUCGGCUGGGCCGGUGGCGAAGAAGGCUAAGAAGGCAGCGCCAGCCAGGAAGACAACACCGGCUAAGAAAGCAACACCGGCUAAGAAGACAGCACCCGCUAAGAAAACUACACCGGCCAAGCAAGCAGCACCUGCCAAAAAAGCCAAUGCAUCAAAGAAGACACCAGUGAAGCCCAAGGUCGUAGCCGUGGCUAAGAAGGUGGCGAAAUCGCCCACGGCGACGAAAACGAAGAAGACCACAGCGGCGAAGGGAAGUGAGAGUUUGACGGUGGAAGUGGCGGAGAGAGGCAAACGGCAAACUUCGAGUGUGUUUCUGGUGCCGCCGAAUACGCCGGCGCUGAGGAGGGGUAGGAGGAGGUCUUCGUAUGUAGGGUCGGAGCCGCCGCUGGAUACGGAGGUGUUGGCGGAGAAGAUUGUUGAGGUGGCGAAGGAGAAGAAGAAGGGGAGGAAGAAGAUAAAGGAAUAG